UGACAGCUAAACAGGGAGGUUUCGUAUCAGCACGUGUCGGCUGCAAUAGGGCUAAGGACCAUCCAUCAAUCUGCUCCUGUAUCUGACACCAUAGCGAAAUAAUGGAAAUUGAUUUGCUAAUAAGUGGAUGACAAGACAUCUGUUGCAAAUAUGACUGCUGGGUCAGGGGCUGAUGCCUAUGUGCCUCCAUCCAAGCCAUCAUUAGCAAACUUAACUAGGAAUUUUGGGAGCAUCAAAGCUGACAGCAACAAGCUUCUGAAGUCUCUCUCGCAGUCCCAUAUCGAUGCCUUUAAUGAUGUGCUCCAAGGUGGUCUGAAUGCAGCAGUAAUUGCCCUGCCACCACUGGACUUUGCCCUCCCAGAUGGCACCAGAGUGGGACUGUGUGCUACGGGCGCCAGCAUCGGCAUGCCGCGCGUGCCCCCUGGGAACGUGGGCGCCACGGAGGCGCGCGUCUUCCCAGCCGAGGCGCGCCAGGGCAUGCGCAACUACGGUGGCCAGCUGGUGGUGCGCUUCGCGUACUCAGUGAACGGCGAGCUGCGCGGCACCAUGGACCGCAGCCUGGGAGACGUGCCCAUCAUGGUGAUGUCCAAGAACUGUCACCUGCACGGCCUGAGCCCGGCCGGGCUGGUGAAGCGCGGCGAAAUGGCCUCCGAGUUCGGGGGCUACUUCAUCGUCCAGGGCGGCGAGCGUAUCCUGCGCAUGCAGGUGGCGACCCGCCGCAACUAUCCUAUCUGCCUGUCGCGUGCCUCGUACAAGGCGCACGGCAAGCUGUUCACCGAGCAUGCCGUCCAGAUGCGCUGCGUGGCCGACGACCACUCCGUAUCGAUGAACAUGCUGCACUUUCUGUCCAAUGGGAGCUCGAAGCUGAUCUUCCGCUAUCAGAAGGAGCGGUUCUCUGUGUCGCCGAUACUGAUCAUCAAGGCGUUGCUGGACAUCACCGACAGAGACAUCUAUCGGCGGCUCACCGAACCGGGCGACUCCGACUACUACCUGAGCUGCGUGGCCACCAUGCUGCGGGACGUGCAGCAGGACGUGGCGACGCCGCUCACCAGCCGGCCCAGCGUACAGCGCUACCUGGGCGCCCGCUACCGCAUCCGCAUGGGCAACCGCGUGCCGCCCUGGGCCUCUGACGAGGACGCUUGCCGGGCCAUGCUGAGUGACACGGUGAUGAUCCACCUCAAGUCGGACCAGGACAAAGCGAACGCGCUCUGCUUCAUGAUCCGCAAGCUGUACGCUUACGUGCGCAAGGACUGCGCGGCCGAGAGUCUCGACAACCCAAUGCUCUGGGAAGUGCAGCAGGGCAGCUACCUGUACCAGCAGCUGAUCAAGAACAAGGUGCAGACCUACAUGGCGAACUUCAGCAACGUUAUGCUGAGGCGCUACAACAAAGACCCGAUGAGCUACGAGAUCUCCGACGGAGAGGUGUCACAGUGCUUAAGUGGCGUGCAGCCGAUCGGACAGGCCGUCAGCAUGUUCAUCACCACGGGCAACCUGCCGCUGCUGCCCAACACGUUCUGCUCCGACUCGGUCGGUCUGUCGGUGACGGCCGAGAAGAUCAGCUACACGCGGUACAUGUCCCACUUCCGCGCCAUCCACCGGGGCAGCUUCUUCUCCACCAUGCGCACCACGUCCGUGCGCCAGAUGCUGCCCGAGGCCUGGGGCUUCAUCUGUCCGGUACAUACGCCGGACGGGGCGCCGUGCGGUCUGCUGAACCACCUGACCACCACGUGCCGCGUGACCAGCGGCCAGCCGGACCGCGGCCACCUCGCGCGGCUGGUGCUGGGCCUGGGCGUGACGGCCGUCGGCCAGCCGCGCCCCGCCCAGCGGUGUUACACGGUGCUGCUGGACGGCACCGUCAUCGGCUACCUGAGCCACAGCGCCGCCGACCGGGUGGUGGAGAAGCUGCGCUACAUGAAGUGCCACGGAGAGGUGUACGAGUACCUGGAGGUGGCGCUGGUGCCGGCGCGCGGCCCUGGCGGCCAGUACCCGGCGCUGUACCUGUACUCGAGCGACGGGCGCCUCAUGCGGCCGGUGCUGAACGUGCGCUGCCAGCGGGUGGAGUACAUCGGCUCGCUGGAGCAGGUCUACCUCAACGUGGCCGUCCGGCUGCACGAAGCAGCGCCCGAGACGUACACGCACGUCGAGCUGGACGACACGUCCCUGCUGUCGCACCUGGGCCAGCUGGUGCCGCUCUCAGACCUGAACCAGUCGCCGCGCAACAUGUACCAGUGCCAGAUGAGCAAGCAGACCAUGGGUACGCCGCUGCACAACUGGCGCGCGCUCUCCGAAAACAAGAUCUACCGGCUCCAGACGCCUCACAGUCCGCUGUUCCGGCCUACACACCAUGACGCCAUCGACAUGGACGACUUCGGCCAGGGCACCAACGCCAUCGUGGCCGUCAUCUCGUACACGGGGUAUGACAUGGAGGAUGCCAUGAUCAUCAACAAGCACGCUCAGGAGCGCGGCAUGGCCUGCGGCUUCGUUUACAAGACCAGGGUCAUAUCGUUGAAGAAUGAGAAGCGAGACAACCAUAUCGUGAAUGUGUUCCGAAGAAAUGACGUGGACGUGGAGGGCUUGGAUCGUUUCAUGGACUCGGACGGCAUUCCCCAUGUCGGCGUCCUCCUGGAGUCAGGAAGCCCCAUGACAUGCCACUACAGUCUGGAGGAGAGCAAGUUCCACGUGACGCGCUAUAUGGAUGACGAGCCGGCGCGGGUGGACUCGGUCAAGCUGAUGGGUGACAUCGGCGGCGCCGAGAUCUUGCAGCGCAUCAUGAUCGUGCUGCGUGUGGAGAGGAAGCCGACGGUGGGCGACAAGUUCGCCAGCCGCGCCGGCCAGAAGGGCAUCUGCAGCCGGGUGCACGUCACCGAGGACCUGCCCUGGACGGAGAGCGGCCUCGUGCCCGACAUCAUCUUCAACCCGCACGGCUUCCCCUCCCGAAUGACGAUCGCGAUGAUGGUGGAGUGCAUGGCGGGCAAGGCGGCCGCGCUGAACGGCGAGUGCUACGACGCUACGCCGUUCCGUUUCACCGAGGACGAGACGGCCGUCGACUACUUCGGCAGCGUGCUGGAGCGGGCCGGCUACAACUAUCACGGCACGGAGACCAUGUAUAGCGGCUUCACUGGCACCCAGCUGGAAGCCAAGAUCUUCUGCGGCGUCAUCCACUACCAGCGGCUGCGGCACAUGGUGUCGGACAAGUGGCAGGUGCGCAGCACGGGCCCGAUGGACAGUCUGACCCGGCAGCCGGUCAAGGGCCGCAAGAAGGGCGGCGGCGUGCGGUUCGGCGAGAUGGAGCGAGACGGUGUGAUGGCCCACGGCACGACCCUGAUCGCUCAGGACCGGCUGUUCAGCUGCUCGGACCGGGCCGAGAUGCACGUGUGCGCCACAUGCGGUUCGCUGCUGUCGCCGAUCACCGAGCUGACGCAGCGGAGCCGCGGCGCGCGCGCCGGCGGUGGCGCCAACGCCCGCCGGCCCGUCUGCACCGUGUGUGGCUCGCAGCGGGACGUGGUGUCAGUACACCUGCCCUACAUGAUGCUCCACCUGGCCAUACAGCUCGCCGCCAUGAACGUCAAGGUCAACGUCCAGGUCAAGAAGCAGUGACCGGGCGACCUGGCCGCCUGGUCGUCGCGCGCUGGUGGGGAGCGAACGUUGGGCGCGGGGCGGCGAUGGUUGAAUCGUGCUGGAUGGAGCGUCAGCUUGUUCGGGGGAUGUGGGCGCACGGCCUCGUGUGAGCACGUCAGUCAGAUGGUAUGCGCGUGUCCAAAUGUCGGUACAUGAUGAGCGUGCUGCGCGAGUUCAGAGCGGUAGAGAAGUGGGAGUGGGGUCGCGGAAGUUCCUGCUGUGAACGGUGCUCACCCGUGCGUCGGGUGCCUUCUCGUGUUGGUGAUUACGUGUAUUGACUUCAAUACAACAUGGAAUAUCAGUG